AUGGCCAGGCGGCGGCGGCCCUCCCCGCGGCGCGCGCGGCCACCAGGCGGCAAGCGGGCGCGGGCUCCGCAGGCGGGGCUGCUGACGCGGACUCUGCUCUGCGCGCGCGCCGCAGGGGGGGAGGACCCCCCCGGCGGCGCCGGCACGAGAACGGUGUCGUGGCCGCUAGGCACUGGGGGCCCGCUGGAGGCCGCCGCCGUGGAGCAGGAGGGCGCGCUCCACUGGGGCCGCGUCGCCUGGGGCGGCGGCGCCGACUGCGCGGACGAGCUGAGGCUGGGCCCGCUCUUCGCGGCGAGGCUGGCGGGGGGCGACGUCUUCUCGUCGGACGACUGCGCCAUCCAGCGGGGGCCGGCGCGUCCGCCGGGCGGCUCCGGGCUCGCGGCCUCGCUGCGGUGUCCGGGCGGGCUGGUCGUGGAGUGGUCCGCGUCGUUGCAGGAGCUCCCCCGAGGCAUGGGCUCCGUCAUCCGCACACUUGCUUCCUAA